UUGGUCCAUAAAUUUGCUUCGAUCAUAAACCCCCAAUUCAAUCAGGAGGUUCUGCAGCAUCAGCAAGGGUUUUUGAUUUGUCACUAGGGACUGGGGAGGUGCCAUCUUUGCUAUAAAGGAUCCUGUCCAGCCACAAGAAGUUACGGAAAAGAAUGUAUUCUUUCUGCGGGAGUUUAAUUCGGAGGCAAAGUUCGCGUAUUGUUCAUUUCAAAUUCGCAAGAGCUUCUUUAGCUAUUAGUAGCGGUAAUAUUCAUGGACUGAGCUCGUUGGCAUCUGAUUCUUCGGUUCUAGAUGAAAAUCCUGCUUCGAAGAAUCAUCUCUUCCGGUCAUUUCACCAGCUCGCUUCUCGCUCUUCUGUGAUGUCAACAAAAGUUGGGUCUGCAGCAGAUACAUUGACUUUAUUCAAUGGCAUCGGUACAAGUUCUAGGCUGAAUUUGUCUUUGAGGACGGCAGUGGGAUCCACAAUCCCCAGUAGGACCAUGACAACAGCAGGAAAGUCUGUUGAAUCAGCCUCAAAAGUUCCUUCAGAACCCAUCACAGAUGAUGCCCCCCGCAUCAAAUUUAAGAGACUCGAUAAAACCGCCAGGCAUAUAAUGCAGAUUCUGGACAAGGAAGCAGUGGAGGAAGCAAGGACACAGAGGGAGAUACCUGAUAUAAAGCCUGGUUAUAUUGUGCAACUUAAAGUGGAAGUACCUGAGAAUAAGAGACGUGUCUCAAUUGUGAAAGGCAUUGUUAUUGCAAGACGCAAUGCUGGAUUAAAUACUACGUUUAGAUUAAGGAGGCUAGUGGCAGGGGUUGGAGUCGAAUCCCUCUUCCCGCUGUACUCGCCUAACAUAAAGGAAAUAAAGGUGCUGGACAAGAAGAAAGUGAGGCGGGCCAAGCUUUACUAUCUCAGAGACAAGAUGAAUGCACUUAAGAAAUAGUAGAAAGAAAUAGUUAGUGCAACUUUGAUUAUCCAUUCGAUUUAUUGAGAAAGUUGACAUAGACAUGCUGGUGAUAAAAAUGAGAGCUAUUUGCAUUCCUUUUUUCAAAAUUUGAUGUUAUUAAGGUUUAGUUCCUCCUUUCUUUUCCCUCUGUUUUGAAAUUGUGAGAAAAAUGACGGUGAAAGUAUGUGAGGCUGCUUGUGCACUACAAGCUGCAAAAAGAUUUAAAUGUGUUUACAGCUGUGCAUCGUGAUAUUCGUAGUAUCGAAUGCAUAGAUUUGGCCUUCUGGAGAUACAAUUGUCUAGUGCUUGUAAUGUAAUUGUCUCAGUACAUUAGAUACAGUUACUUAUGUCUUGACGUGUUCACGUCAACGUGUGGGCAUGUCUCACACACACUUGAAGCUGUGGAUGGUUCGAAGAAAUGGUGUGGCUAUAUUUGAUUAUUUUGCAGUAGUUGUUGGUGCUAGCAAUGUAAAAUGGUCACACUUGAGGAUAUUGACUUGGGUUGAAGGUUUUUAAAGCUGAAGCAUUUCCAAAUUAAUGAAAAUACUUGAUUAAA